UGAUUGGUGCACACCAAGACAUCACCAAGCCAACGAGCAAGAAGCGGCCUUCACAAGUUGCUGUUGUAACUCUCAGAAGACGCUGUUGUACUCCUCUCUAGUGCACGUGGCCAAUGAGACAUUCACAGCUGGUUGGUCAUCAAGAAGAAUAUCCUACUCAGCCACAGGGGAGGAAGAGUAAGAACUCUCACUGACUGAGGAGGGAGAGCAUUUUCUCGACACAGAGGAGGCGGCUCUCACCAGGUUGCCACUGACUGGUGUCUCUGUGAAGACCAAAGACCCUGGAGAAAAACCACCUGAGUCCUCACAGCUUCAUCAUAGUCAAAGUGAGGCGAUGAGAGACGGGGAGCCACAGCCCCCCUAUGUUAAAGAGGAUGGGGAGGAGCCACAGCCCCCCUGUGUUAAGGUGGAAGAGGAGGAGCUGCAGCCUACCCACAUUAAAGAGGAAGAGGAGCCACAGCCCACCCACAUUAAAGAGGAAGAGGAGGAGCGACAGCCCCCCUAUGUUAAAGAGGAAGAGGAAGAACUCUCCAUCACUCAGGAGGGAGAGCAUCUUCUAGGGCCGGAGGAGGCUGAUCUCACCAGGUUGCCACUGACUGGUGUCUCUGUGAAGAUCGAAGACCCUGAAGACAAACCACCUGAGUCCUCACAGCUUCAUCAUAGUCCAAGUGAGGAGAUGAGAGAGGCGGAGCCUUCAUGCAGCAGCUCACUGCAACACAUGACAACAGAAGCUGAUGGAGACCACUGUGGAGGAUCACAAGCAGACAACCUCUUAGCUCCACUGUCAGAUAGUGACGACACAACGUCACACUCUCCUGAAGGUGAAGACAGCGACUUCACCCAAGAAUCUCUGAGCAGCGAUACAGACUGUGAAGGUGAUAUGAUGACUCACACUGGCAACAAACACUCUGAAAGCUCUAAAAAGAAGACAGGUAAACGUUUUAACUGCUCAGUUUGUGAUAAAAGAUUUUCUCAUAAGAGCCAUUUGGCUCGACACAUGAGAACCCACACAGGAGAAAAACCUUUUAGUUGCUCAGACUGCGGUAAACGCUUCACUUUAAAGACACACAUGCAAUUACAUAUGAGAACACACACAGGAGAAAAACCUUUUAGUUGCUCAGACUGUGGCAAACGCUUCACUCAAAAGGCACACAUGCAAUUACAUAUGAGAACACACACAGGAGAAAAACCUUUUAGUUGCUCAGACUGUGGAAAAUGCUUCACUGAAAAGGCACCCAUGCAAAGACACAUGAGGACACACACAGGAGAAAAACUUUUUAAUUGCUCAGACUGUGGUAAAAGCUUCACUCAAAAGACACACAUGCGAUUACACGUGAGAAUGCACACAGGAGAAAAACCAUUUAUUUGCUCAGACUGUGGCAAACGUUUCACUCAAAAGACACACAUGCAAUCACACAUGAGAACACACACAGGAGAAAAACCUUUUAGUUGCUCAAAUUGUGGCGACGCAUUUUCUUGGAGGUCCUCUUUGAUAAGACACAUGCAGAGUCACUGAUGGUCUCCUGCUUGACUGGCCUGACUUCCAUGCAGUCACUGUGUUGCUACUGUGUUGUAAUAUUCUUUGCAUGUGUCUUUGUUCAAUAAAUACAUCUUGUUUUUAUUCAUGUGUAAAAGAAAGACACGGUGACUGCAGUGGUUUCAUUUGUCGUUCAAGGUGUUUUAUUUGACUGUAUGCUGUCAUCACUAAAUGCUGUAACUGAUGAAGUCACUUCCUGUUCCAUUACUUCCAAAAUUGGGUCUGGAAAGUAGUGAUUUGAUUCCUUUUACUGACUUGAGUUCUUAUGAUUCACUCAUUGGGGUACGGACCGCUUUCAGGAGGCCUUUUUUAAAAUAGUAGUUUUUCUUUCUUAUUUUGCUGUGUUGAUUUGAUUUUCGUUAUAUUGUUGGAAUUGUAAUCAAUGAGAUUUGAAUGCAAUGUGAAUAAAGCUUCA